AUGCUCAGCAAAGACUGCAUCAUUGGCCAGAGGGCCUUUCUCAACAAAAGCCCCGACGACAAGGAUCCUGAGGCACAGUUUGGCGUGUUCCAGUUCCAGGGCAGCACGAAUCAAAACGUCUUCUAUGGAACGCCUACAGUGAUGGUGCCCAGGGACUGGUGUCCUGAGGGAACUGGAGAGGGCUCUCCUUCACCGGCUGUGUGUUUUCACUGCUUUGCUGUCAAGAGCAAGCGGUCUCAUCAGGGCGUGGCUCGCUUGCUACGGUGUGGAGGAUGUGGUCUGGCGAUGUACUGUCGUGCAGAGUGUCAGAAGUCGGACUGGACAGAGCAUCACAAGUACGAGUGCAAGAUCUUCAGCAACUGGACCACUCCAUUGUUGCCUGGCGUGAGUUUGGCGCUUAUUGUGCGUACAGCUUUUGCCAUGGCUCAAGAUACAGAUCUUCGAACACGGAUAUUUCAGAUGCACACUGAAGGUAACUACAAGUCCCCUACGCGUGAAGUUUUGAACUCCAUGGCGGACGAGAUUGCUGGACAGCUGUACAAAUGUUUCAGUGACAAUAUGGAAAUUGCUAUUCCCGAAUCACUUCUGAACAGCGCACCUUGGAUCGAGGCAAGUGGACUGAACAAAGACCAGUUGAGACAUAUGAUCAUGGCACUGAAGAACCAUACACUUUAUGUCGGCACUGUUGGAGCUCAACCUCAUGUCGCCGUGUUUGACGCAGAUCUGGCCUUUAUCAACCACUCGUGUGCUCCUACAGCUGUCAUGUAUCUGCGUGAUUCAGACGAGGGUAAACAUCUCUGUGUGGAGGUUGAAAGUGACACCAGCGCUUACUCCACAGAAAUCACCCUCAACUACACAAUGUACUCAGACCCCCUGCAUAAGAUCAACACCAUAGACACGCUUCCGUUCGAUUGUGACUGCUACAAGUGCAAGGUAUACGACGUUGACGGAAGCUUCUCGUGUCAUGCUUGCAGGCUCCCAGUGGGCCCUUUGAAGAGCGACGAGUACGGAGGAGGAUGGGAAACACAACAAAAGUGCCAGUACUGUUUCCAGAGAUUGCAUUUCUCGUACCACGAGUGUCGAAAGUUUGAGUAUGAGGCCAGAGAAGUCUUGCAGAAGGUCAGGCGUCAUCUCCUCAGCCCGUACGAGGACGUUCCGGGUGACCUGAUUCCCAGUGCGGGCGGACUGGCACCUAUGCGUAAGGACGAGACGUAUGGCGAGGAAUGGCUCCCUCUUCGACUGCUUACUUACAUCAUGUCGAUGGACAUGGUUUCUACCAACCACAGACUGUUCCAGGACACCAUGGCUCUUCUGCUUGUUGCCUUUCAGGGGGCCCCAUCUAUCUUUCUACCCAUCAUUGGUUUCUUUCAGAAACGAACCCGCGAAACUAUGCCCUUGGGCGCCAAUGGGUACGCCCAGAAGCUCUACAAUUAUUUACAUGUCACAUGGCCUCUCUUUGAGAUGGUAUCUGAUGCCCUUUCGCGUGCCGUCGUAACUCAGAUGUUGACUGAGCCUGCUCCUCGACCUGCUGAUGCCCAUCCUCCUGGGGCUGCUGGCGUUCCCCUGACAUCAACUGCAUCCACUUACGCAGCUCUCAUGCUGGUGUACGACUAUGGCAGCAAGUGUCUGGCUGAAAUUGAGGAUGCUGUGGACAAGAGAGCUUCUCUGCGAGUUGCAUUUGGCCAUUUGACAAUGCAGAACCAAUGUUUCCUGGUUGACUUGAAACGCCAGGCAGCAGCUGGCGGUAUCAACUGGUUUGAUGCAGACGCGCAGCAAAAGUAUGGAGCUCAGUUCAAGUCCAUAUACCUGCUGUUGGGCCCCCAGAGCUCAGUUAAGAUGAAGUUCCCUUCGGCUGUGUGGAAUGUGAUGAACUUCAACGAUGAGAUGGAGUUGCUCAUCCGUGGAGACGCCUCUUCUUUUGACGCAAUGGCUAGAGAGAAAUGCAAAGAGGCAAUGACGAAUGCAUAA